UGAUUUUUAAAUAAUAACAGUUGAAGGAGUAUUUGUCUCGCUGAUACAAAGUGGAAGAGAAGAAGACGAAGGUUGCUUUGGGGAAUCAAAGAGAUCUACACCGGAGGAAAAAUGGCAGCAGCGGCAGCAGCAGCAGCGGGGCCAGAUCACUUGUUCAACCUUCGAAACAACUUCUACUUGGGAGCCUACCAGGCCGCCAUUAACAACAGUGACCUCCCUCAUCUAUCCGCGGACGACGCCGUCGAGCGCGACUGCAUCGUGUUCCGCUCUUACAUCGCUCUCGGCAGCUACCAGCUCGUGAUCAAUGAGAUCGAUGCCUCUGCCGCUACUCCUCUACAGGCGGUGAAAUUGCUGGCUUUGUAUCUCUCAAGCCCCGGAAACAAGGAAUCCACCAUUUCAAGCUUGAAGGAGUGGUUGUCAGAUCCAGCCAUUGGAAAUAAUGCUACUUUACGGUUGAUUGCUGGGAUCAUAUUCAUGCAUGAGGAGGAUUAUAAUGAAGCUCUGAAACACACCAAUGCUGGAGGAACCAUGGAACUGCAUGCACUCAAUGUCCAAAUAUUCCUGAAGAUGCACAGAUCGGACUAUGGUGAGAGACAGCUGAGAGUCAUGCAGCAGAUUGAUGAGGACCACACACUGACUCAACUUGCAAAUGCAUGGUUGAAUCUGGCUGUGGGAGGUUCGAAGAUACAGGAAGCAUAUCUCAUCUUCCAGGACUUCUCUGAGAAGUAUCCAAUGACCAGCUUAAUCCUGAAUGGGAAGGCUGUUUGCUGCAUGCACAUGGGAAACUUCGAUGAAGCUGAGACACUAUUGCUUGAAGCACUAAACAAGGAUGCAAAAGAUCCAGAAACCCUUGCAAAUCUAGUUGUUUGCAGUCUUCAUCUCGGUAAAUCAUCGUCACGUUACCUCAGCCAAUUGAAACUUUCCCAUCCGGACCACAUGCUCGUCAAGCGAGCAUCAUCUGCAGAAGAAAAUUUUGAAAGAGCUGUUCAAUCGGUUGCUUGAGAAAUCAAUACAUGUAGUUGAAGAGAUGAAUGGUGCUUGCAUUAUUUAGCGAAUCACUGUUUCUGACUGCAAAUCUUUUGAGUUUUUUGUAAUCUACAAGAACAUAUGAACUAAUGGUGGAGGAGAGGAAAUGGUGAUUGUUACAAAGUUCAUCAUGUUCAAUUAGAACUGGCAUAUCAUUUGUAUUGUUUCGUUUAUAAUGGAUUUGGUGAUUACUUUUCUUGAGA